GCGCAGCCCGGCGAUCGCGCGCGCCGAGCAGAGCAGAGCAGAGCAGGCGGCGGAAGACCAGCAAGGCGUCCAGCUCCUCCGCGUUUUCCCCUGGAUUUCUACAGCCCGGCGACACAACGUCCAUCUCCGCGCGCGUGUGGUACCUCGUGCACGGGCGGAACACGCACGCGCCGUCUGUUCUGCCUUGUUGUUUGCCCCCCCCCCCUUUCUUCGUGCAGGCUGAGGGGCGCGAGCAGCUUUUUUGGCUCUUUAGCUCGCUGAAUUGAGCCGCUUGGAUGGGCGAGCGAGCAACACGGUGCCGCCGGGGUUGCGCGUGUGUGCGCGUGCGUGCGUGCGUGUGCGUGUGCAGCUCGCCGGACACAUGGACUUAGUCCUCGCUGGAUGAUUGCUUGCGAUUGCUUUUGGUGGACCCAGGAGGCUUUGCACGCAGUUCAACUGACACAAAGCAGAAGGCAUGCUCGCGCUCGCGCUCGCGAUCUAAACUCCGAUCAGAGGAGGAGCGUGGUGUCGUUUGUAGCCCAGCUCGGAUGUCUCAGCCUGUCUGUGGCCACAUUUUAGAGUACCAACAGCCGCCUGUCGCUGUCCACACGUGCGUCCAUCGCUUUGUCCACUGACGCCUCCAUCCUCGCUAGACGCUUCGGUUGUUUUUCAUAACGAGCAGCAACGAAAUCCAAGCCGAGACCCUUUCUGACCUUCGCGACCUGUUCUGGACCUUUUUGGAGCGCUCAUGUGGGCAGGAGUCACCAGGAGAACGAGUCUUCGCGGUGCGUCAUGACGCGCCUGUGCGCAACGCGUUUGACGCAAGCCGCGCGCGUCUCUCAGCCACUUUGAGCGCGAGAGGAGGGAAGGGGAGGGGAGAGGAGAGGACAGGGGAGCGAUUACCUCUCAGUCACUCUCGGGCCACGUCUCAGACCCCUCGCGGUCAUUCCUGAAUGAGAAGGCACGCGCCUGGAGCUGCUGAAGGGCUUCUGGAGUCUGUGCGUAACGCGGAGCCGUGCGUAAAGACGCGACUGGACUCGUAAAUGGUGUUCAGAAAGUUACCCGGUGUCUCUGCGCCGGGCAUGGGGCUCCGCCUGUCCCAAAAGUUUGUUUUCCUGCUGUUCUUGUCCGGCCUGGUCACUCUGUGCUUCGGGGCACUCUUCUUUCUGCCCGAUUCGGUGCGUCUCAAGCGGAUCUUCCUGUCCAAAAACGAGAGCCCGGCGGUGACCGCUCGCUCCGAGGGCGAAGCAAGGGAUCCCCCGAGGAAGGCGGCCGGGGAGCCCUUGAAGGUGGAGGCUGGGGGCAAGCUGAGGGUCAGUCGGAGACCUUCGGUGACACACGAUGCCAGGACUUUGGAGAGGUCGGUGGGGACGCAGGAGAGGACGCAGGUGGACGCCGUGGACGGGGCGCGGGACGCAGCGACCAGGGAUGGCAAGGAAGGCGGGAAAGGAGCUACUUACGAGAUGUUCAAGAAGUGUCUCCUCAAACCUGCCCUCGGAGUUGACCGCGGCAAGCCGGCUGACCCGCAGACCGUCCAGCGGAGGGAUAAAGUGAGAGAGAUGAUGAAGUUUGCCUGGGAUAACUACAAGCAAUACGCCUGGGGCAAGAACGAGCUCCGGCCGCUGACCAGAAAUGGACAUAUCGGCACUAUGUUUGGUGGUCUCCGAGGGGCUUCUAUAGUGGACUCUCUGGAUACCCUGUACAUUAUGGGCCUGACUGAAGACUAUCAGGAAGCUAAAGAGUGGGUGCACAACAACCUGGAUCUGAACUCGAAUGGAGAAGCGUCUCUGUUUGAGGUGAAUAUCAGAUACGUCGGCGGCCUGCUAUCUGCGUACUACCUGACUGGAGAAGAGGUGUUCAAGCAGAAGGUGUUGGAGCUGGGUGAGAAGCUGUUGCCUGCGUUCAGCACCCCCACUGGUAUCCCCCGCGGAGUCAUUAAUCUGGGCAGCAGUGGCACGAGUUGGAGCUGGGGCUGGGCCUCCGCCGGCAGCAGCAUCCUCGCCGAGUUCGGAACGCUGCACCUGGAGUUUGUUCACCUGUCAGAACUCUCUGGAAACCCCAUCUACACCGAAAAGGUGGCGAACAUCCGAAAACUGCUGGACAAAAUUGAGAAGCCUCAUGGACUCUAUCCUAAUUUCCUCAGCCCAGUCAGUGGUAACUGGGUCCAGCAUCACGUUUCUCUCGGCGGUUUGGGAGACAGCUUCUAUGAGUACCUGAUCAAAUCAUACCUGAUGUCAGACAAGACGGAUGAGCAGGCAAAGCGUAUGUACUACAGCGCUCUGGAGGCUAUUGAGGCUAAUAUGGUGCAGAAGUCUCCAGGAGGGCUGACCUACGUGGCUGAAUGGAGAGGGGGCGUCCUGGACCACAAGAUGGGUCACCUGGCCUGCUUCUCUGGCGGGAUGGUGGGCAUCGGUGCGGAUCACGGCACUCUAGAAAAGAGGCAGCACUACCUGGACCUGGCGGCUGAAAUCACACAUACAUGCCACGAAUCCUACAGCCGCUCGGCGACUAAACUGGGGCCGGAGGCUUUCCGCUUCGAUGGAGGGGCCGAGGCGACAGCAACCAGACUGAGUGACCGCUACUACAUCCUGAGGCCAGAGGUCAUCGAGAGCUACAUGUACAUGUGGCGUCUGACCCAUGACCCCAAAUACAGGCAGUGGGGCUGGGAGGCGGUGGAGGCGCUGGAGAAACACUGCCGCGUGGACAGCGGAUACUCCGGCAUCAGAGACGUUUACGCCUCUACAGUCAGCCAUGACAACAUGCAGCAGAGCUUCUUCCUGUCAGAAACUCUGAAAUAUCUGUACCUGCUGUUCUCUGAUGAUGACCUGCUGCCUCUGGACGACUGGGUGUUCAACACAGAGGCUCAUCCGCUUCCCAUCGUACACAAGAGUUGUUUACAGCAACACGGUGGCAUGCGAGACACUCAGCAGACACAUCCAGAGUAGCCCGCGAUUACACUUACACUGAUGCAGGGCUAACAGCCUUAACAGCCCUGAUGCGGACUCUCGGCUCCUUUCCUGUAAAGGAUGUCACGGUAAAUGCUGUGAUUGUACGUCUUUAAGCCAGGACAUCCUGCCCUGCAGGAGGAGCCGGUGCUAAUUUUUUUCCCCCGCGGACAAUCAAAAAUAAACGAAUGACUUUUUGUGAGAAGAGCACCUUUUUUCGUUCCAUUCUUUCCUCUGUGAGGAAAAAUAGAAUAUCCUUCAGGCCCAAAUCUGUGGGAUGAGUGCCGCAUCACAGGCCAUUCUGACAGAAAGAGAAAACCACUUUUUCCUUCAUGUUUCUUCGUCAGCAAUUUUUAUCAUUCUUCAAUACUUACUCUUCGGCCAAAGCUUUUCUUACAUUUUCUUUUUUUUUUCUCUUCAUACAUAGUCUUUUUCAGAUUUUUUUCCCUUAAUAUUUGUUUUAAAGUCAUAUUAAUUCCAUUAAUGGAAUUUGCUUUUUGAGGGACACACAAGGACCAAGAAAUUUUGAAAGUAAAAAAAAAUCUAAUUUUUGGAAGAAAAAAAAAUGAAUAAUAACCACAAAUCAUGUUGUAUCAUGCAAAAAAAGAUUGUUUUAAUAUUGUUUGUGUGAGAUUUUUGUGUAAGGAGUAGAGCUGAAUGAUGUCAGAAGCAGAAUGUGAGAGGAGAGAACAGGUAGGCUGCAAAAAAAGAAAAGAAGCCCUGGUUUUCUUGUGCUUUUAUUGCAUUGUAAGCCAUGCAGCUCCAUAUUAAUCACUUACUGUCCAAAUCCAACAUCACCACUGAAAUACACUGUGGAGGGUUAUGCACACACACACACACACACAACACACAUGAAUGAUGGGGACAUUACAUAGUCCCAUAUACCCGAACAUUAACCGUAAAUACUACUAGCUUAACCUUAACUUUACCCUAACCUUAAAAUAUGGCUUCACCUUAAUUUUAUGAUUUAAAUUAAAAGCUGGUCCCCACAAAGAAGAAAAGUCCCCAUAACAAAAGUGUAUAAAAAGGUUUAGUCCCCACAAGGAAGAAAACACCCCAUAAAGAGAGUGCAUAAACAGGUUUCCAUCCCCACAAGAAAGAAAAGUCCCCAUAACAAGAGUCACUAUGCAGGUUUUGGUACCCACAAGGAACAAAAGACCCCAUAAAGAGAGUGUAUAAACAGGUUUUGGUCCCCACAAGAAAGAAAAAUCCCCAUAACAAGAGUCAAUAUGCAGGUUUUGGUACCCACAAGGAACAAAAGUCCCCAUAAAGAGAGUGUAUAAAAAGGUUUAGGUCCCGGCAAGGACAAAAAGUCCCCAUAAUGAGAGCGUAUACAGGUUCUGGUCCUCACAAGGAAGUAAGGUCCCCAUAACAAGAGUAUAUAAACAGGUCUUGGUCCCCACAAGGAAUAAAAGUCUCAGUAGUGAAAGAGUGUAAACAGGUUUUGGUCCUGAAACGGAAGAAAAGUCUCUACAACAUGGUAUAAACCUGGUACACACACACACACACACACACACACACACACAUUCCUCUAAAGGCCACACGUUCACAAAGAACGCCGUUUUUAAUUAUUUUUCCUCCACCAUCUGGCACACUAGUGGACAAAUGUGCUGUACAUAACCGAAUGAGUGUGACUGUGAGUGAUCCCUGUUGUUAAUCUUUGCUUUUUUUUCCUCUACUUUACCCCCCCCUCUCUCUCUCCGCUCGUCCUCUUUUUCAUUCUUUGUUAUUUUUCUUUUUUUUUACAUGAUUGUUAUGUAUAAUUCUACUGUUUUAUUUUCAUUUGCUUCCCUCAGGUGUUUCUUGGAAAAAGAGGAAAUUUUGAUUAUGAUCAUUGUUACUUAUGACUUAUGGUAUGAAUUAUCCUUGUUGAUUUUACUUAUCUUUCAAUGUUGUUGUAUAUUUUCAGAUACUGGUAAAAAUAUCUGUGCAACUUUAUACAUUUAAAAACAACUGCACAAAU